ACCGAUGAAAAAUCAACAGCCUAGAAUAAGGACAGAGACACCUACGCUGCUGAGUGUGUCCUCCACGACGUUGACAGGUUGGCAGGCUUCAGAUCAUCAUUUUUAGGUCGCUGUAAGGAGCAGUAUUUUCUUUUGAAACGAGAAACAACUGCGCAGCGACCUAUUAUUUAAUAUGUGUGAAAAUUUAGGAGUCACUGUGCCUGUUGUGAUUGAGCCAGGCGAUAAUAGCCUGGUGAGCACUGUCGUGGAGGAUGUCUCGCAUCAGAUGGGCCCGACAUCUUCAAGGGGUAACGGCGACGAAGGUCCGGCACCAGGGUCGGAAGCUCCUGUUGUUAUAAUCGCCCCUUCUCUUAGAGUUGAAAAAUUAAAAGGGAAUGGAAAUGGUCACGAUUCGAGUUUUUGUGCUAGUGAGGAAGAAGGUGGUGGUGGAACUCGUGAUUUUUCAGACGAAGGAGAUGGGGACCACUCAGGAAAUAAUAGCAGCAUUCCUGAUAUACCUUUGGAUGUAUUGAUUGAUCCACCAGAUGAGGAAUUAAAACUUAAAAUAAUAUCGCUUGUUGAAUAUUACUUUUCGGAUGAAAGUAUUCUGAAAGAUGCGUUUUUGCUUAAACAUGUUCGACGCAAUCGUUUUGGAUUUGUGAGUAUCAAGCUUAUAACCUCUUUUAAGAAAAUGAAAACACUUACCAAAGAUUAUCGGGUUGUUGCCUACAGUUUGAAAGGGUCUGAAAAGUUAGAACUUAAUGAAGAAUGUACAAAAGUUCGAAGAAAAGAACCAUUGCCCGAUUAUGACGAAACUGUUCCAUCAAGAACUGUUGUUGCACUUAAUUUACCACUUGAAAAUCCAACAAUGGAAAACAUGGCUGAAAUAUUUUCUAAGUGUGGUUGUGUUAACAAUUUCAGAAUAUUACGCCCAGGUUGCUCCAUACCAUCAGACCUGCACAAAUUUGCCUGUAAGCACCCUGAAUUAGGCUCAACUAUGUGUGCUGUUGUUGCUUUUGAAAAUUAUGAACAAGCAAAAAAAGCAUGUGAGAUUUUAACAAAUAAUGAUGACUGGAGGAAAGGAAUGCGUGUGGUCCCUCUAAUGGUUCCCAAAAAAAAAGAAGACAGAGAUAAGAAAGACAAGAAGGACAAAAAAGAAAAGAAAAAAGAUAAAGAUGAUGAAGUUUCACCUGAAGAAUAUUCAGCAGAUGAUAAAAAAAGACGUAGACGAGGAGGUCGCCGUAAAAAGACCAGAGUGGAUGAACUUACUCAAGAUUCAUCUUGUUACAGCAGUGGGUCAGAGGGUGACUCUCCGUCCAAGCCUAUUACUUCUGCUGCUAAUAAGUACAGAAGUGGAGAUCACCUUAGCCCAAAUUUGACCCCACCAAGAGGUGGUCGAACCAGUCCAGCUGGCAGUCCCCACAACAAACGACGAGGUUUUGGAAAGUCACCUCUAGCUGAUUCUAAUCCAGGUGUUAGUCCUCGAAGCAGUCCUGAAACUGUGAGAAGAGGCAUAGACUCAUCUGGAGGUGAUAGUACUCCGUCAAGCCCAUGGGUGCAGAGGCGCCUGAGAGUCGCCCAGGAAAAAAUUUCUGGUGGUAGUCCAUUGGGCAGCCCUCUUUUAGGAAGACGCAACCCUGAUGGUACGUUUAUUCAUGGAUCAAUACCAAGAAUGCUGGACAUGACCAAUGUGUUACGUCAACCUAAAGGCCCUGAUGACACCAAGGGAUUUUACGGAGGAAUGGGCAGAGGCAAACCUCGUAGCAGCACUAUUGCUUAAGACUAACUGAUAAAUCACUGUCAAACAAUUUACCUUGUAAUGUUAUUCACAGUUUUUGACAGGAGAAUACUCUGUCUUUUCAUCAUACCAUCAUUUAAAAAAAAUUAUCAUUUCUUCACAAGAAGUUGUUAAGGAUAUGCUACAUUUGCUCUGCUUAGUCAAAGUGGUAUGCUGUUAUGCUUAGUGUGAUGAGUAAAAUAUCUUGAUCUUUGUGGUUCUUUUGUAAUAAAUUGUUUUGAACUUAACUUUUUCAGCAUAGUUUUUACUUGUAGUGCAUUUAAGUUUAUAUUACAAAAAAUUACUAUUUUAAAAUUAUGUUAUAUAUAUUUGAUUACAAUUUCGAUUUUUAAAGUCCAUAGAUAAUUGAGAAUUGCCAGUUUGUCAGAGUAUAUUAAAUUGUCAGUUACAAAACUUGAAAA